AGAAAAGUCAACAGCCUUACCCAUUCUCUCACCUCACCGCACGAACGCUCGCUACCUGCCUUCACACUCCUCGCUCCCGUCCCCCCUCGCGCCGCCGACGCCGACGCCGCCAUGCCGGAGGACGUCGAGAUGAACGACUCCGCAGCUCCCGCGCCCGCCGUUAUCCCUGCGAUCGCCGACGUCCCCGCGCCUGCGCCCGUUCUCUCUACCUUGCGACAUCUGAAGGAGAUCGCGUCGGUGAUCGAGGCCGGGUUGCUGACCAAGGAGGUGCGCCGGAUCUCCCGCGCCGUCCGACUCACCGUGGCCAUCUGCCGCCGCCUCGCCCCCCGCGAUGUCGCGGCCUUCCUCGCCUUCGCGCUGUCCUCUUCCUCCGAUGCCUUCGCCCACCUCUCCCCGCUCCUGCCCAAGGAAGAUGGAAGUGAGAUGGAUGUUGAUACUGCGGCUCCAGUAGCUCAAGUUUCAAUCAAGCAUGGUCUCCCAGAGAUUGAAAUAUACUGCUACUUGCUUGUGUUGAUUUUCCUUAUUGAUCACAAGAAGUACGAUGAGGCUAAAGCAUGUGCCAACGCUAGCAUUGCUCGUCUGAAGAAUCUCAAUAGGAGGACUGUUGAUGUUUUGGCUUCUAGGCUAUACUCGUAUUACUCAUAUGCACAUGAACUCACCAACAGCCUUGCUGAAAUUCGUGGCAUGGCAACUUUGCACCGUGAUGAGCUUGGCCAGGAAACACUUCUUAACCUGCUUCUUUGCAAUUACCUGCACUACAACUUGUCCGACCAGGCAGAAAAACUUAGGUUAAAGGCACCACGUUUUGAAGCACAUUCCAAUCAGCAGUUCUGCCGGUAUCUGGUCUACUUGGGCAAAAUUAGAACAAUUCGGCUGGAAUACACUGAUGCUAAAGAGAGCCUCUUGUUUGUACUUCUAAAAUGAACUUGACUGACGAGGUUUGGAAGAUUAUGUCUCCAGACCGAAUAAAAUCAGUCCUGCUGAUGUGAGUGUCUUCCCUCGAUCAGGUUGAUAUAUUGGCUGCAGUAGGCUAAACACUACUUGUGAAGGUAAACACAACGCUAGUUGACAUUGGCACCCAAAGCGAGAAGUUUUAUCAACAAGGCCUGGAGGAUUAGGCUUGCCAUGGACAUGGCAGCGACAGUCAACCGCAGCCUUGCAUCGAUGCACCGGGCUUACUUCUCCGCUUCAGGUAUAUACAGACAAGGAGGACUACCUAGACUAGAGUUCCUGCAGCAGACCAAUUCUUAUUCCUUCUUUUGCUCUUCAGAUCCAAGUUUCCUUUUACCUUGUGCAAUCCAAUUGUCACCACUAUUCCAGUCCAAAAUGUUGUCUAAAAUGUUCCAAAAUGCUCCAGUCAGCUAACUGCUGGAACAAAUGCAUUUAAUCAUUGUUCUAAAAUCAAACUGUUCCCAGUUGUAGGUGAUGUCACUUUCAUUCUUUAGUCCAUUUUCAUCAUAUGUUACUGUAAAAUGGUUGUUGCUACCCUUGGAUAUUGAGCUAGUAUCUGAAGUAUUUGUUCUGUACUCUGUGUCUCUGUUUGCAUUCUUUUGAAGGAAAAUAUUUAAGCAGCCCUACCUACUGUUCCUCUGUCUUUUUUAUCUUUUGAAAGUUGAAUAAUCUGUACUUGUCAUUUGAGUAGGACACUACCUAUUUGACCGAUGUCCACAAGUUCUGAAACAAUCAAAUUGAUUGAUUUGUUUUUUUUUAAUUCCUAAACCAACUUAGCUGGAGUGCCUGAACCUGUAUUUGCUUGGACAUAAAUAUCAACAUGGUGAAUGGACGUUAAGACUGCUUAAUCUUAAACAUAUAUUAUAUUGUAAACAAAAUUAAACAGCAACACGCUGAAUGGACGUUAAGCCUGCUUAAUCUUAAACAUAUGUAAUUGACGUUAUAGAUGGACAUAUGUAAUUGUGUGUGUGCUGUUAACUUUGUUGGUUUCACCAGUUCUGAUCAAAAGUUAAGAUCAUUUCAAUUCACCGAAUAUACAUGUUCAGAAUCAAUAUCUCCAUACAACAACAGUACCCGCUUCGGUUAGUCAAUGUAGAGGAUAUCUACUUAGCUAGCAACUUUGGUCAGUUAAUGUACAUCAAUAACUAGCAGAUUCAGUCCAAGUCAAAUUAAAGUUCCGGUUGACUAAAGUUGGAUAUAUCUAGAAUAAACAGUUCUCAGUCGUCCCUUUUCUAAAAUAAAUAUUCUAUGUCUAUAGGCAUGUUCUUAUCUAUCUGAGGCCAUAAGAAUAUACAGAGAUGUGUUCAUUUUCUAAUUAGUAUGAUCGACUUAUAAAUCUCUAUUAGAUGAUUAAUAGUUUUUACAGUACAGGUUUGCCACACAGUAGUGGCAGAAUAUUUUGUGUUGUUGCCACUUAGGUACUCGGUUGUAGAAGAACAUAGGUAGUGCAUCCUAAUAUAUUGGUUUUUACAAAAAAAAAAUACGUUUUGGUAUAUACUCUUGAGUUAGAUAGUACAUCAUACUGACUUGCAGGUCCUUCAUCCAGUGCCACGCACAUAUUGAAAUUCGGCCGGGGCCAUAUCAUAACACACUCCCAUAAAUUUUGUACUGAAUGUGAUUUUUGAACUUUUAGAUCCAAUUGUUCUGAAGGGAACUCAAAUCUUUUCAGCACUUAACUUUUUUAUAUGAUUUUGUCUCCUUACAUUGCUUGUAAACCAAUAUUUCCAAGCAAACCUUGAUUGUACAUUGUUUGACUUCUUGAGUGUGAUGUAUGCUUGAUAUGUAAUUCAGUUUAGUCUAAAAGGUUCACUCCUUACAAUUGAUUCCUGUAACUGAUGCUAGAUAAUUUCAUUACCUCAACCAUUCAAGUUGUAUUGAGGUCGUAGGAAUUAAUGAUGCAGAAGAGUAUAUUUAGCAACAAGGAGGGUCAUGUACAUAGUUGGAGUCAAUAUUGGGGACAUGUAUGUGUCUUAUUAUACAUAAGCUAUUGAGUUAUACCUGUUUUGGUAAUAAUGACAUACACCAAAAUUGGUUUAUUUUAUAGGAAGCUAUAUUCAAGGUAGCAUCUGUACUUUAUAUUGGAAAAAUAAAUUUUACCUAGGGAAUAGAAGUUGAUUCAUCAGUGAUUAAGGAUGAUGACUGCAGUUUUCACCUUAACGCUGCUAGAGCUAUUGGAGUGAGUACAUUUUCUCCUUUCAAAGGACAUUUUGUACCUUUACUUUCUACAUUUUGUGUGUGACCGACCAAAAUGCUGACUGCUAAAGUUUCUUGCAGUUGUGAUUGCAAUAAUUUGGAGAAGACGAGUAAUAGUUACCCCUGAAUAAAUUAUUACUAGAACACGUGAUCCCGAGUCUGCACUUGCUAGCAUAGAUGCAUUAGGGAAAACAUUAUCCCUGAAUAAAUUCUUGAAAUAAUUAGUUUCAGUUCCUUCAUGGUAAAUUUUAUCAUGAGUCCCAAUUUUAUCAUGGUAAAUAUAUGCAGGCUGGAGUCCUUAUGAUCUACUUCAGCAUAUUCUGCCUGUACCAACAUAUCGUGUUGGUUCCAAUCUUAUUAGAGCUGAUCUGAACUUGAUGCAGUCGGUCUUGGCCAGCAGUAUUUGGCAGUAUUGGCAUUUGGCAAAGGGGGUUUUGCGUUUCCUUUCCUUUACAUCUAUCAGUUCGGAGAGUACUUCGAUCACAUGCACCAUUCUUACAAGCUGGUGAUGGUUCGUUCGCAGAUUUUGAAAGGAACAGACAGCUAUCAAAUUUUCGGAUGCUGGAUAGUAGGAGGGUGGGUAAUGGGUAAAGUCCAUCUGUAUCUCCACUAUGACGGCAUCAGCGGAAGUGCCAUAUAUAUCAGUAUCUGGUUCCAAACACUAAACUUACUCUUAGAAGUUUGCUGCUCAUCACUUUCUCGUGUUCCCAUGUAGAAUGUUGAAUUAGCUCUUAUUCUGUACUCCCUCCGUUCCUUAUUAAUUGACUCUGAUUUAUUACAACUUUUUACUAAAUCAGAGUCAAUUAAUAGGGAACAGAGGGAGUACUUGCUUGCUUAUAUCACACCCUGUUCAUGCUACCCCCUACAAAAAGAUUGUCAAUUGAAAUUCUUUGGACAGUUAAUCAACAGUUGACAAAGAACAUUCAACCUGCUGUCGACGAUAUCCAGUCUUAUUCACUUGCAUUUCUUUUCACAUUUAAUGACAUGACACUUUCCUUUGAAUCUUUUACUAGUUCAUUGCUCUCUGAUCUGCUUAUAUUUUGAUUAGUUUUUAUUUAACCUUUUGUUGUGUAGAAUAAGAUUGUACAGGGAUCUGUCGAUGUCGAACUAUUCUUAGAGGCUGCACUUGGUUUAUAUUGUGGAAAAGUAAACAAACCUGACAGGCUAAAGGCUCUUUUACUUCUUGCACGCUCCAUUGAGGAAGAUCCAAGCACAGUUAUCGUGUGGGUGUUUUAUCUUCAUAUUUACUAUCAAAAGGAUGAAGGACUUGGAACAUUUUAAGUGAACUGCAGGAGGGUGGGCGGAGGGCGCGCUCAGCGGUGCUCUGGCAUCCUGCUCGGCGAGGAAGAGGGUUUGGCGUCGGGGACGGGAACCUGGCUGCGGCGUCGGAUGCAUGGCGCAGCUGGCGCAACUUCCUCUGGCCGCGCGAUGAGGCAUCUGGCCGCGUGGCGAGGCAGGGCCCAAACUCCAUGACAACUUUCUUCCUCGGCGGCAGAUGAACCCUGUUGUUCAUGAUGUGGAGAUGAACCCUGUCGUGUAUUUUAUGUAAUGGUUUCAAACCAUGUUGUUCAUGAUGUGGAGAUGAACCCUGUUGGUCAUGUAAGUUAGAUGCCUGGAUUGUGAAUCCUUGAAUGUUUCAAAAUGUUGGUUUCAAACCUAGAUUGCUUGGAAAUAUUGGUUUUAAA